AAUUAAUCGGUACAACAGAAAGAACUUAAAACCACUGCAUGCUGCUCAAACUAAAAAUCAGUGACACCAUCGCAGAGAGAAAGUGAAAAGACAGAGACCAACUACAGAGAGAGAGAAAGAGAGAGAGUGACAGAGAGAUAGUGAGAGACCAUGCUCAGUUCUCUGGAUGCGCUGGCUGGCAAAAUAGCCAAAGCGACGCCGGCAACUGGCGCCAUUUCGGCCAGCGGCAAUGGCAAUAAGCCAACAAUGAACAAUAAUAGUGCACAUCAUCCGGCGCAUCAGCAUCAUCCUCAUCAUCUUCAUCCGGGCACGCGUACCAUGGACUAUGAUUACUCCGCUGUCGAAAUCGAACCACCCGCCGAACAGUUGGCGAACUCGCCGCGCAGCGAACGCGAGCGGCUGCAACAGGCGCAACACGCCUAUGAGCAGCAAUCGCAAGCCGAGUUGGAAUUUGGACUCGCCGAUGUGGACACGAAAAGCUGCCUAACACUGCUCACCCACAGACGCAGCAGCAACAAUGUGCAACAGCAACAGCAGCAGCAGCAGCAGCAACAUAAUCAACAGGCGGGCAAAUCGAAUCAUGCCCGACAACAGCAGCAGCAUUAUCAUCAUCCCUAUCAGCGUCCAUUGCGGCCAGUGUCACCUGUGGUUGCACAACACGGUCAGCAACAGCAGCAUAAUCAUCAAAGCCAAUCGCCAUAUCAGCAGCAGUUAUCACAUUUGGCCGCACUCCAGGAUCAUCAUCAGGAGCUGUUGCAAUCGCAACAGGAACUAUUUCACAAGCAGCUAAUCAACUUGCAACAGCAACAGGAAAGAGAACGUCAUGUUGCCGCCGCUAAUAAUUAUAAUGAUAGCUGCAACAACAGUGACCACGACUCACAGCAUGAGUAUAAAAUUUGCCUGAGGGAUAGUGCAUUUGGUAUGAGCGAUAAGAGCAGCAGCGCCACAAACAGCCUGCCAAAUAGUCCCAUCCACAGCAACAACAACAACAACAACAAUUCAUCGCUGCUCAACAACAACAACAACACCAGUUCGAGUCUCGUUGGCAGCAACAAUUCGCUCACCGGCAUUCCUUUUGGCAACAGCAGCGGCGCCAACAACAACAUAAUGUCGGCCAAUUUGCUUAAUAAUAAUAAUAAUUCGUGCAGCGCCAAUCGCAACGUUGUCGGCAGCAGCAGCAUGGACGAUGAUUCGUGCUUUCGCCUCGACUCCGACUCGGCUGUCGUCACCUACGGCGAAAAGGAGCCCGAUCCCGAUAACAUCAAAAUGUUUGUCGGCCAAGUGCCCAAGUCAAUGGAUGAGGCCCAGCUGCGCGAAAUGUUCGAGGAAUAUGGACCGGUUCAUUCCAUAAAUGUUCUCCGUGACAAGGCCACGGGCAUUAGCAAAGGUUGCUGCUUUGUGACAUUUUAUACGCGUCGCGCCGCACUGAAAGCUCAGGACGCACUCCACAAUGUGAAAACGCUGAAUGGGAUGUAUCAUCCCAUACAAAUGAAACCCGCCGAUAGCGAGAAUCGCAAUGAACGCAAACUGUUCGUGGGCAUGCUAAAUAAGAAGCUAAACGAGAACGACGUGCGUAAACUAUUUGAAGUCCACGGUGGCAUCGAGGAGUGCACCGUACUCCGGGAUCCCAACGGUCAGAGCAAGGGUUGUGCCUUUGUCACAUUCGCCACCAAACACGCUGCCAUCUCGGCCAUUAAAGUGACUUUGAGUCAGAAUAAAAUCAUGGAGGGCUGCACAUCGCCGCUGGUUGUCAAAUUUGCGGACACACAAAAGGAGAAGGAACAGAAGAAGAUCCAGCAAAUUCAGGCGAAUUUGUGGAAUCUGGCCACAAACAUAAAUAUACCACUGGGCCAAACGGCAACCACAGUGUCCACACCGAUACUGCCAAACCCACCGCAACAGCCGUCGCCAGUGUUGGGAGCCGAUGCUCUGACACCAGCCAGCAUUCAAUUGCUGCAGCAGCUGCAAACAGUUGGACUGCAGCAGCAGCUGUUGCAAGCACUCACUGGCUUGGGUGCCGCUCAGCAAAACAAUGCCACGCAGGAUACGGCAAAUGCCGCGGCAGCAGCUGGUCUACUAAAUCCACUUUCCGUACAGAAUCUGGCAGCAAUUGCGGCCAUGACACAACCGAGUCUUACCAAUUCGGCCAACUCGCCGGGCAGUGCCCAGUUGACCAAUACGGCGGCUCUCUUAUGGUCUGAUCCGAAUCCAUUGGCAUCGGCGUAUAUGUCAACAGCUGCUGGCUUACCGCAAUUUGGAAGUUCCGCCGCCCUGUCCACCUCACCGCUGGCCAGCGUUGCGCUGAGCGCCGCGGCGGCCGCUGCUGCCGGCAAGCAGAUUGAAGGGCCUGAAGGCUGCAAUCUGUUCAUAUAUCAUUUGCCGCAGGAGUUUACGGAUACCGAUUUGGCAUCGACGUUCUUGCCCUUUGGCAAUGUCAUCUCGGCCAAGGUGUUCAUCGAUAAGCAGACGAGUCUGUCGAAAUGCUUUGGAUUCGUUUCAUUUGAUAAUCCGGAAUCGGCACAGAUGGCCAUUAAGGCAAUGAAUGGUUUCCAGGUGGGCACGAAGCGUUUGAAGGUGCAGCUAAAGAAGCCCAAGGAUGCUUCCAAGCCCUAUUAGCGACAGCUGAAACACUGAUAGAUUCAACUGGAGAAGAAGAAGAAGAACAACCAACAACCAACAACAACAACCAACAACUAACAACAUCAACUUAAGCAACUUAAACAAACAACAAUAGCUAAAAAAGCAAGAGGAAGAAAUGUUUACUAAGAAAAAGAGAAAAACAACCCAACCGAAGUAUGUCAAAUGGAGUAGUCUAAUUAUUAAAAAGAGUCACCCGUGUGGACUAUAACUAAAAAACCAAAUCAAGAAGUCUACGUUGUACGUAUUAUCCACAAAAAAAAAAAAUAAAAUUAAAAAAAUCCAAAAAAAAAAUACUAUUUGAAAGACAUGAAUUUGUGCCAAAAAAAGAGAGAGACAGCAAAUAUUAAUUUCGCACGUUAAAUGUUGAAGUCGAAACAAAACAUACGUAAACCGAUACCCUAUAAUUUUAGUGCCUUAGUUUAGCGUUUAGUUUUUUGUCAAACACUUUUUGUUUGUUACGCUUUGAAGUUACUUUCGCAACACAAAAAAAAAAGAAGAAAAAAACAGAAAAAGAAACACACACUUUAACGACACUUUUCAUUUUGUUUUAAGCUGUUGUCGUACAGUUGAAUUUUUUAACAAAUACUCUUUUUGUACACACAAUCUUUGCUAUUUCGAAAAUAUGACACACUCUAAAUAUUUAAUCUGUUUCAAGUGUUAGCUCCUAAGUUUCACCUAAAAACAUAACAGCAAACGAAGAAAAAAAGAAAGAAAAGAAAUGUUUUGAAAGAAGAAAGAAAAACAAUUGUAUUUAAUAUACUUUUCCCAGCUUUUGAAUAAUCCACACUUGUUCUCUCUGUUUCAUUUGUUCAUCUCACAUGAUGUCAAGUCGAGUCACAAGUUUUGAACGUUUUUUUUUUUUUAUUUUGGAAUAUCUGAAGUUCUCAACGCAUAGUAUAUAUAAAUAUAUAUAUCUAUUGGUUACUUUGUUCUGUUAAAUGGAUUAUAUUUUUGCUUAUAUGCUAAUGCGUAUAUACUCUACUAGUUUUAAGUGCCUUUACUGAAUUGUUAAUCAACACUAAAAGGAAUACCAAAAUUUUUUAUUUGUACUGAAUGGAAAAAAUAAUGUUUUUGUUAUACAUAAUUAUCAUUACUAUUAUUAUUAUAAUUCUUAAAUAUUUCGUUUAGUUUUAAUGUGAAUUAAUGCGCUACAAAAUUGUUUAGUAUUAAUGUCAGAAAAUAAACAAAAAUAUUCAA